UGAAUCAUUUCUAUUUUAUUGGAAAUAUUGAAUUGUAAAAGUUCCAUUGAGUUCUUUGAAUUGUGUUGUUUCGAUUCAAAUCUCAUAAUGAUAAUGUAUUCAAUAAAUAAGCCUUAAUCCAUACAAAUGAUGAUAAGAAAUAUACAUCCAAUAUUCAAUUAAUUAAUUGAUUCUCUUCUAAUCAUAGAAGACAAUCAUUCAUUUACCAUGAUCAUUCAUCAUUAUGAUUAUGUAAUACAUUCACCAUUGAUUACAUUAUCAUUAUCUAAACUAUAUUUUUAUAUCAGCUUUCUAUUCUACUUUAUAUUAUGCUUAUCUAUUCAUGAGAAUACGAUACAAAAUAUCAAUGAAUUAACAUUUACAAUAAAAGAAGAAUUACCCAUAGGUACAAUUAUUGCAUCAAAUAUACAAUUAGGCAAUUUAUUUUUACAUUUUAAUCACUAUGGUAACAUUGAAAAUAUGACAAAUAUUAUUAAAAUAUUAAAUCAAAAAGAUCCAGGUAUAAAUUGUUUUCAUUUUCAAUGGUUACCAUUAGAAUCAUUAAAUGAUUCGAAUAGAAAUCAAUUACAAUUGAUUAUUAAUAAUCGAAUUGAUCGUGAAAUUAUAUGUCCAAUUAAAACUCAUGAAUUACGUAAUAAUAAUAAUAAUAAUAAUAAUAUGAAUGAUCCUAAUCAUCUUGAUCUGGAUCAUAUCAAUGAUCUACAAUCCAUAAAUUCUGAUUGUAUAAUUACAUUAAGAAUAGCAUUAUUUAUAAAUAAUCUACAAAAAAUUUAUCAAAUUCAUAUUUAUAUAGAAGAUAUUAAUGAUAAUCCACCAAAAUGGAAUAUGAAUAAUCUAACAAUCUAUUUUCAUGAUGAAGAUCCACCAGGGACAAAACAAUCUAUAUUAUUAGCUUAUGAUAUAGAUAUUGAUAUCAAUGCUAAAAUUACAUAUCAAUUAUUAAAUAAUGAUAUUUAUUCUUAUCAAUUGAAUGAUAGAAAUUAUAAUCAUAAUAAUAAUAAUAAUUUAAAUUUACGCGGUACCGAUAUAUUUGAAUUAGUUCAAGAAACAUUGAAUCAUGAACGUUUAUAUUUAAAAACACGAUAUACAUUAGAUCGUGAAUCAAAACCUUAUGGUUGGAAUUUAAUAUUAUUAGCUAUUAAUAAUGAUAGUUUAAUACAAUUAAGUAGUCAAUUAUUAUUACAUAUACAUUUAAUUGAUAUUAAUGAUAAUAGUCCCAUAUUUACACAAACAUUAUAUAAACCUCAAUUACCAAAUCAAAAAAUUGGUAUUAUCCCUGAAAAUUAUCCAAUCAAUAAAACAAUUUUAAAAGUAUCAGCUACAGAUAUAGAUGAAGGUAAAAAUGCUCAAUUAACUUAUCAUUUAGCCUUAGAUACUACUAAUAAUCAAUUAUUAUGUCAUUUUUUUAAUUUAACACAAAAUGGUGAAUUAUAUCUUAUUCAAUCAUUAAAUGUAGAUAGAAUAACACAAAUUAAUUCAACUCGUUUAUAUUUACCAAUAUCAAUGAUUAAUUUAGAUGUGAUUGUUAUAGAUGGUGCUAUGAUACCAUAUAGUAAAACUGGAUCAACUACUAUUCAAUUACAAAUAGAGAAUAUUGAUGAUGAACCACCUGAAAUCUAUAUACAUCCUAUUCAAUCUCUAAAACAACAACACCACGACCAACAACAACAAGAUGAUCAUUCCAUAUUACAUAAUCACCGAUUUUAUGAAACAGAAAUUGGUGUAUAUGAAAAUCAAACUAUUGGACAAUUAAUUGCAUUAAUUGAAGUAAAAGAUCCUGAUGAUUUAAUGAAUCCAACUAGUAUACAAUGUAGAUUAAUUGGUUCUAAUUCUAAUGAUUUUUAUUUAUCUUAUCAUAAUUCAAUAAAUAAUGAAUAUCAAUUAUAUACUAAUACAAUAUUAGAUCGUGAAAUACAAUCUAAAUUAUUAGUAUCUAUUGAAUGUAAAGAUUUAGCUAAUCAUAUUACAUUACAUAAUUUGAUCAUACAUAUAUUAGAUAUAAAUGAUCAUCAACCACAAUGUAUGAAAUCUCAUUAUUAUUAUUCAUUAUAUGAAGAUGAUAAUGAACAAGAAGAUCAGGAUAAUGAUGAUGAUCUUGAUCCAGAUCCUGAUCAUGGUGUAAAUUAUCGAUUGGAUAAAACAAUGAAAAAUCGUACAUGGUUAACAUCAAAUGGUUUAGCUUAUAUUUUAGCAACUGAUAAUGAUAUUGGUAUAAAUAGUCAAUUAAUUUAUGAAUUAUCUAAUGAAUCUAUUGAACAUUUCAAUUAUAAAUUUACAAUUCAUUCUAAUACUGGACAAUUAUUCGCAUGGGGACCAUUUGAUCGUGAAUCUAUAUCAAUUUAUGAAUUAUCAAUUAUAGUAAAAGAUAAUGGUAAUCCUAUACAAUUAAGUACAAAUUGCUUAGUAACUAUAAAUAUAUUAGAUAUUAAUGAUAAUAUACCAAUAUUUCAUCCACAAUUAAAUAUCAUUGGAGGUUAUUUAUUUCAUAUUAAAGAGAAUCAAUUACCUGGUACAUAUAUUGGACAAAUUCAAGCCUAUGAUUUAGAUGAUUUACCAGCAUCCAUAGAUAUAACACAAUUAUUUCAUGAAUAUGAUCAAUCGAAUUCAUUAUUAGUAUUAUCAUCAUCAUCAUCAUCAUCUAAUAUCCAUAAGGUUAAUAAUGAUGAAUUGAAAGGUAUUCUAAGUAGUAUAGAUAAAAAAUUAACAUAUUCAUUAAAAAAUGAAUAUCAUUCACAAAUGUUUCGUAUUGAUCCUAAAACUGGAGUUAUUAUUACACGAACAAUACUAGAUCGUGAAAUUCAAGGAACAUAUACAUUCUAUGCAUAUGUACAUGAUGGUCCUGAUAAACCUAUUCAAAUAACAAAUACUACUGUUAAUAAAACUGAAAUUCAACGUACUAUUAAUAAUUAUCGUUCACAUACAGCUUCUAUCAUGAUUACAAUUACUAUACAAGAUGAAAAUGAUAAUGAUCCAGUAUUUAUUCGACCAAAUUCAACAAAUCAUAUGAUAUUAUUAAAUCCAACAGCUAUACCUGGACAAUCAUUAUCACAAUUAUUAGCAAUAGAUCCAGACGAAGGUUUAAAUGGACAAGUAUCAUAUGCAAUAAAAGGUGAAACAGCUGGAAUAUUAUUCAAUGUUGAUCCAAGAACUGGAUUAUUAUACCUAGAAAGUCAAAUACCAAGACAAUAUAUAACAAAUAAUAAACAAAAAACUACAAUAAAUAAUCAAGGAAAUGAUUUAAAUUAUCCAACAUUUUUAUUAGGAUUAGAUGCAUGUGAUCAUGGAGAACCAAGACGAUGUACACAUUUUCCAAAUCUUCAGAUACAGAUUCGCAGUUCAUCGAAUAUUAUUGACGAAGGGAAAUCAAAUGAAUACAGACAAACUGAUUUAUCUAUUAAUCAACAAAUCGAUGAUAUUUUUAUGUCUCAAUCAAGUCAUGGAUCUCUAUCAUCAUCAUCGUCAUCAUCAUCAUCAUAUGGUUCUGGUACUUCAACUACUUAUCUUGGAAGAUAUUCACUUGGUGAAAUAUUAAUCAUUGGAUUAUCUAUAUUCUUUUCAAUAUUAAUUUUAAUUAUUCUAUUUAUUAUUUGUAUUGUACGACGUAGAACUCAACGAAUAUUACAGAAUAAUGAACGAAUAAAUCCUGAACUGUUGAAAUUGAAUCAAGGAAAUGCUGGAUUCAAUGUUGAAUCGAAUGAAAAAAAUAAACGAACUAAACCUCGGGUUAAGUUAUCCAAUUCAAAUAUUAAUAAAAAGAAUACAAUUGUUAAAAAGUCAUUUUUAUUAAGGUUAUUUACACGACAACUAAAUAAAGAUAGAACUAUGAAUAUGCAUCAUGCACAUGUGAAUACAACCUCAUCAACAUCAGUGUUACCAAUCAGUUGUAAUUUAUCAAUUAACAAUUCAAAUCCAUUGUCAAUAUCAUCAACAUCAGUAUUAUCAUCUUCUACAGGACAAAUGUCGAAUCCAUUCAGAUUAAACUAUUCUGUAGAUAUGAUGAAUUCACGUUUAUAUAAUCCAAAUAUUCAUCAUUCUAUAAAUUAUGGACCCUACAGUCCAAUAUGUGUAAAUACUACUAAUAAUAUACCAGUAAUAUCAGAUGAUUAUCAAUCAUUGAAUUGUUGGAAUGAUUUACCAGUAUAUUAUUCAAAUCAAUUAAAACAAGAUAAUAUAACAAAUUCAAAUACACCACAAUUAUAUAUGAAACAAUUAAAACAAUCAACCAAUGCACAAAAUUCAAAUUUAGAUAAUAAUAAUAAUAAUAAUAAUAAUAAUAUUACAUCACCAUCAUCACCACCAACGACAACAACAACAACAGGAUUAUCAUCAUUACCAAUUGUAUUACAUAAUAAACAAAGUGAUUCUAAUUGGAUAUUACACAAUACUCAUCUAUUAAUGAAUAAUAAUAAUAAUAAUAAUAAUAAUAAUAAUAAUAAUAAUAAUAUAAAGAAUAAUGGUAUAUUAUCAAAUGAUUUGAACAAUCAUUCAUCAUUAAAUCAACAGAAUAUUUGUAAAACUAAUGGGAAUUCACAAGCUUAUACAGGAUUAAUGAAAUCUAGUUUUGUAUAGUUACCUAGUCGGUUGCGUAAUAAUAAUAAUGGUAAUAUGUUAGUGUAAUGUUAUGAAUACGCAUGGAAUGAAGUACCUUAACUAAAAUGAAACUCAAUUUCUUUUCAUAGUUGCUUGGUGGUCGGUUUAAUUUCUUUUGAAAUUCUUUCUUCUUUAUCAAUCUACUCACGAACACACACACAAUCAUGGCAAUAUAUACAAAAAUGAUAAUUUUAUUUGUAAUCAAAGAGAAAAAUAUAAUACUGAAUUUUUAUGAGUAUGACCUAUGAUUUAAUCAAUCCGUUUAUUAUUAGGAUAAAGGUUGUGGAGAUUGUUAAGUUUUUGAUUGAGAUCAUGAAUUGAUUGAUGUUAGAACACUAUUGAAAACCUGUAAGCGCUGGACGGCCAUUUCGUCCUAGUAUGGAACUCCUUAGAAGUACUCAGCCACGAACCCCGCUCGCCCGACUAGAAUCUUUCAGUCUUACGCGGGAAUGUUUAACAUUUAGACCACUGAAUCAGUAUCCAACAGUGCUGAGGAGUUCCACAAUUGGACGGAAUGACUGUACAGUGUUUCCAGGUUUUCAAUGGUGAUCACACAUCAAUCGGUUCAUGAUCUCAAUCGAUCAGUUUAUCUUGAUUAAGAGAAUAAUAUUAUUUAAAUGGUUGGAUAGUCGACAGAAAAUCUUGCAUCUAUAUUUUGUGCUAGUUAAUACAUGUCACCAAGGCAUAUCUGUACUCUUGUGAAGACUAUAGACUUAAGUGACUCAGGUUCAUAUACCACAGUGAUUAUCAUUAGUUCUUUUGAGUUUUCAAGUAAAUGUCGCUGACAACUGUAAACUAACAUUAAAUUACCUUCAACCAUAUAAUAGUUAAUUAUAGCCUAUUCGAUGAUGAAUCAAUUAGAAUGAUAACCAUAUUGUAGUUUGAUUGAUAAAAUCCGAUCACCAUUAAAAGAUUAGAUAAACAUAACAUUGAUCAUUAUUCAAGUAACCGAUCAAUCAACAAUUUUUGAUCAGAAAAAAAAUAUUUAAUUAAACAAGGCAUCAUUACAAAAUAGUUGUUACAAAUGGAUUAAAUAUACUAUUCCAUACUAAGAUAAAACGAUCGUCUAGUGCUUCCACGUUUUCUAUGGUAGUCUAGCUUAAAUUCAUUCAUGAAUACAAUUAUUGAAUUAACUAUAAUUUUCUGUAACAUUUAAUAAACCAAGAAUGCUAGAAUGCCUAUGGUGAUGUUAAUGAUGUAGACUCAUCAGAUGAUACUUUUUCAAUAUAUUCACUUGGAGAUCUGUUAAUAAAUGGUUAGGUUUUACACUUUAACGAUUCUAUCUGCAAUCAAUUGGGAUGUAAUAAGUUCAUAUUUUGUGGACUGUAUUCAUGUUUUCUCAAAUUCACAGUUUUAAUAAGCACAAUUGCUUAAAAUGUAAUUUAAUGGUUCAAUUCAUGAGUUGACUUAAGCUAGAUCACCGUUGAAAACCUAGAAGCACUGAAUGGCCUUUUCGUUCUAGUAUGGGACUACUCAAAGCAUCAUGGUGGAUUCGGACCCAGGACCUUCGGCCUCUAGAUCACUGAGCCGGAAUCCAAUGCUGUUAGUGUCUAACUUCAACCAAUCCACGAACUUGCGCAACCGUCCACCACUGCUGAGGAGUCCCAUACUAAGACGAAACGGCCGUCCAGUGAUUCCAGGUUUUCCAUGGUUGUCUAGCUUUAAUUGACUCAUGAUUUCAACCUGUGAAAUUUCUAAAAAUCUCUACAAAACCCAUUCUCAUAAUUUAAUUAUCGAGUAAUCUGAAAAUUGUAGAAUUACUUCAAAACAUAUCUUUGUUUCCUCUCAUCAUCUGCCACUGAUAAGUGUUUAUAAAAUCAAAGAUUUAUUAGCUAAAACAUUAAAGAGUUUCGCAGGUUUCACUAUCUUUGUCAUUUUAUGGGACCCUCCACUUCUUCAAAUCAUCUGGAUAUAGAAGAACAAACACAAUCAAUAAAGUAGGGAAAUUGUUUAUGCACAAUAACAUUACCACUAGUCGGAACAUUGUUUAUUGAGGAAUCUUUACAACUAUAUUCUGAGUAUAUACGCAUUAAAUCUAAUCUGUACAUGUUACCACCGUCCAAAUACGAAGUACUUUAUGUUCAAAUGUAAAUUUUCCCAAGCUUCAAUGAAGUUUGAUUUAGAAAACAAGAUGGUACAUGAGACGUUACCGCCGAUUUGUCCAAUUUAUCAGUGAUCUAAUAGCUUAUGAACUCUAUAUUCAUAUGAGUUUUUCUGCUUUAUAUGUGUAUAGAGGUGACUUAGGGACUAAAGUACUCAACUCUUCAUCAUCAGUUCAUAAAUUAAGACUUUAAUCCGUUUAACUCAACUUGAACAACGAAAUAUUACUGCCAUUCGCAAUCAUAGAAGCAAUUUUAUUCAUAGAUGAGUACAAAAAAGCUGUAAAUGGUAUGCGAAUGUUUUUAGUUAAACAAAGAUACCUUCACAAUUGAUUGAUCGCUGGAUAGUGAUCAAUGUCAUGUAUAUCAGGUCCUUCUUAGUGCAUACCGAAUUCUAUCGAACAAGUAGCAUUGUGGACAUUAGUCUAAGUGACUGAACAUUGCGUGCACUAUGUUGAGAUAAGACGCUGGUUGUAGGUAAUCAACAGGAAUCUCUGGAUCUAGAUUUCGUGCUACUUGGCAGUCGUUUCUAACUGUGAAGCUGGGUGACACGGGAUCGAAUCCGUCAAGGAGCAUCAGUUCCGUCAAGAUUACAAUUACACCUGCUGACAAGUGCCAAGUAGCACGACAUCUGGGUCCAGGGAUUCCUGUUGACUACCUCCAACCACCAUCUUAACACAUAACUUCAUAUAAAACAAUCUUACUUUUGUAAAGGAUUGAACUCUUUUCUACCUAUUUAACUCCCAACUACCUAUGCAGCCUAAUUUGAUUACUGAUAACUGAUUUUAGUAUUUCUCUUGUCGUUUAUUCACUUCUCAUUAUAUAACGAAUAGGUGAAAGUAUUUAUAAAGUGAUCAAUCAAUGAAUAAAAUGAAGAUCUCAUUAGCCAUAUACAUAUUAUCAAUAUUUGAUCCCAUUAUUUUAGCGAUCAAAAAUGUAAGUUAUAUUAAAUGUUCAAGAUAUCAAACUCUAGUUAGUAAAGGGUGAGUGUAAUUAGUUGGUUUUAAAUUCAAUCGGAAAUAUGAAUAGUCUAUUCGACCUUAGUAGUUCAUUGUAUAAAAUUGAUGUAAAACGUUUGUAAAUACUAUGAAUAUACAUGUAAUGUAUAUCAAACAAAUAAAUAGGUUAUUCCGAACAUGGUAAAAUAGUUUAUCCUGAACAUGAUAGAUUACAGAUCUGAUUUACCUCUAUUAUUUAGCCAGUUAGUCAGCUACAGCAUAGGAUCAGGCACAUAUAUGAAUCGGUCCAAGUUGCCACACCUCAUUAGCACAACAAGAUAAACAUCACAUUCAUAGAAGUAGUUACUUCAAUGGUAGUAAUAUAUAAAAGAAAUAUUGUGCAUAAGGGUAUAAUACAGGGAGAAAGAAAGGUACGAAGUAAUUUGGAUCUGAGCCAUGGCUCAGAUUAGAAGUUAGUGACUUCAAGCACUUCAAGCCACGUUUUGGUUUGGCCGCCUCUAACUUAAUUCCAAACGUCUCCAACACUAGUAAGCAUUGAGCGUCGUGGUAAUCAGUGUUCAAGCAUACGUAACGCGUGGCACAACCAUCUCAGUCGAUGUAGGCUCAAAGCUUCAUCAACUGAUUUACUAUCAUUCCUUAAUACUUUGCGUCUAACCUUAUUAUUACUUACCCGGUCAUCCCAGCAGAUGCGAGCUAUAUUUCUAAGACAACUGUGAUCAAACACUAGUAGCUUAACCUCUAUUAUUAUGUUUACAAUGAUAUGUAUGUAAUGAAUGUUAGUUAAACUGUAAGUAUUGACUGAUGUAUCAUGAUGAGCAAUACAUUUAAAAUUUUCUGAUCCG